AGAGAGCUUUAAUGGCAUAUUAACAUUGCAAGCGCACCUUGUUUAUUUAUUUUUUGGGGGGGCUUACUUGGAAUAUACACCUGAAAUUGACGUUAAUAAAAAAAAUGGCAGCUCUUGAGGCUCGUAAAGUUAUUAUUUAUGGAGGGAAAGGAGCUCUGGGCUCCAAAUGCGUUGAGUAUUUUAGAGCUAAAAACUGGUGGGUUGCCUGCAUUGACCUAAAUGCAAAUGAAGAGGCGGAUUCCAAUGUAACUGUUCAGAUGACAGACUCCUUUAAUGAGCAAGCUAACAAAGUUACAGCUGAUGUAGGAGAGCUGCUGGGAGAUAAAAAGGUUGAUGCCAUUUUGUGUGUGGCUGGAGGCUGGGCAGGAGGAAGUGCGAAGGCCAAAACCUUGUAUAAGAACUCUGACUUGAUGUGGAAGCAGAGUGUGUGGACUUCCACCAUCUCCAGUCACCUAGCAACCAAACACUUGAAAGAGGGGGGUCUUCUCACACUGACAGGGGCCAAAGCUGCACUUGGGCCAACCCCAGGAAUGAUUGGCUAUGGCAUGGCUAAAGCUGCAGUACAUCAGCUGUGUCAGAGUCUGGGUGGCGACAAGAGUGGUCUUCCUGCUGGAGCCGCCGCCGUAGCCAUCCUUCCAGUUACCUUGGAUACACCCAUGAAUAGGCAAUUCAUGCCAGAUGCUGAUGUCACUUCCUGGACACCACUGGAGUAUGUAGCUGAGUUGUUGCACAAGUGGGCAAUGGGAGAGGAAAGACCACCAUCGGGCACUCUGGUGCAGCUCGUUACCACAAACGGCAAAACAGAGGCAACACCUGUUUAACCCUGUGUGUGUGUGUGUGUGUGUGUGUGUGUGUAUGCGUAUAAAGUGCUGUAUGUCUGUUGACUGUGGUGAUAAAAUAAAAGUACAAGAACAAGUGA